AUGGUGCGCUACUACGAGCUGACCUCGCGGGACGAGCCGCCCGCCAUGGAGGCUCCGCCCGCUGACGGGUCGCCGCCUCUGUCUGGACGCCUGAGGCGACUUCUGACCGCCUUCAGCCUGCGGCGCAACGCUGCGAAAAUCCUGGACACGCGGACCGUGCCCGGAGACAUCGGCUGUAUGUACGGCAUCCGCGCGCUCAGUGUGAUGUGGAUCACCCUGCUGCAUAGUGACAACAUGGCCAGCGUGGAGCAUCCCUUCAUGAUGACGCUGUCCGAGCUGCGCUGGUGGCCACUGACGAUCCUGGGGCCGACGCUGGUGCCGGACACCUUCCUCCUGCUCAGCGCCACCCUCGUCUCCUACAAUCACUUCCGCGGCGUGGCGCGGGCGGGCGCGGGCGCUCCGCGCGGCGCCGGCUUCUGGGUGAAGCGGCUGGUGAAGCGGUACUGGCGGCUGACUCCCCCACACAUGGCCGUGGUCUGGGUGCUGGCCGUCGGCCUCAGCUGGCACUACGGCAGCUCUCCGUUCUGGCCGACGGACCGCCGCGCAGGCCUCGAGCCCGGCUGUGAUCCGUUCUGGUGGCGCAAUCUCCUCCUCGUCCACAACCUGUUCCCGCACGCCGAGAUGUGCAUUGACCAGACCUGGUACCUGGCCGUCGAGUGGCAGCUGUUCCUGGUGACGCCGCCGCUGCUCGUGCUGCUGGAGCGCUCGGUGACCGCCGGCACGCUCCUGCUGACCGCCCUGAUGGCCUCGGCAGCCGGACUGAACCUGGCGCUUGCCAUCUGGUACGACUUCGUCGGCGAGAUGCUGGCAGUGCUGCAGUCCGGGAUCCCGGCCAACAACCAGGCCUUCCGCGACGUCACCUACGACAAGCCGUACAUCCGUUCGGUGGGCUACCUGCUGGGCCUCCUGCUCGGGAGGCUCCUCUGUCACCUACAGCACGAGGCGGCGCCCGACUCCCGCCUCCGCCGGGUCUCGGACGCACUGUCUGCACGUCGCGGUCUCGCCGCCGCAUCCACAGCCAUCGCGCUGCUGCUGAUGGCACUGGGGAUGGGUCUCCUGCCAACCACCGGCCUCGUGCCACGGGCGCUCGUGUUUGUCCACAUCGGCGUGGCGCGCUCUCUGUGGUGCCUCGGCGUGGCGUGGAUCAUCCUCUCGGGUGCGCGAGGCUUCGGCGGCGUCGUGGACCGCUUCCUCAGCUGGGGGUUCUUCAAGCCGCUGGGUCGGCUCACGUACUGCAUGUAUCUACUACACCCGCUACUACUGGCCAUGUUUUGGUCGAACCUGGAGACGCAGAGCUACCCGAGCGCCAGUCUGAUGGUGGCGGUGGUGAUCGCGGCCAGCGUGGUCAGCUUCGGCGCCGCCUUCCUCUGGUCGCUGCUGUUCGAGAUGCCGCACUUGGAGCUGAUGAGAAUGCUGGUCGACGGCAAGUGGUAGGUGAUGGUGGAAGCUGAUGUCGGCGUCGGUGCUGGAAUAACGUAGAUUGGAUAGAGGAGGAACAAGGCGGAAUAACGGCGAUAGAUGUGCAUAGAUGCCGUAAUACCGGGACUGCGAUCGACUAUCUCGAGAAUGAGUCAAGCAGCAGGCUGGGCUGGAUGUUCUUGGUGGAACAGAACGGAAGAGGCAGCC